UGUAUUCCUGAUACCAGGGUAUUUGCAUUAGGAAGUACAAAGCAGAGUGACUUGUUUGAUGAUAUAGAUCAGGACACCUGUGAGUUAAAAAAAAAAAAAACAGAGCGAGCACAUUGUAGCAGAGAGGCAGCAAAGAUAGAGGACAAAGAGAUGUCACAAAUUUUGAGUUCGCUCCUGUCGACGCGUGAGAACGGUCUUCUCUUCAGUUUACUAAGCCAUGACUGUAGUGUUUUAGCAUGUGCUAUUGUCCAGCUGGUAAUGGCAGCCCCUCCACAGAAAAAGGAGUGGAAAAGUCACAGUUUUGGAGUUUUAUGUCUGAUGCAAGAUAAGUCUGUACAUUCAACAUUCAUGAGACUCUACUGUCUUAAGAAAGCCAAGCUGCAAUGGGAACAGGAGCUGUAUACACCAUUUGAGUACUCAGAAACUUGCCCUUAUUUCCACACCUUCCCUGGUGAUGAGUGUCAGAUAGGAAUAAACUUUGCGGAUGAAGAUGAAGCCAAGCAGUUCUACGCUGCUGUGCAGAAGCAGAUCAGAGACAACAAAGCAUCUCACUCGGGACUUACACGUAGAUACAGUGUGGGGGCUGUUUCUGACUGGAAAGAAAAACUUGAAAAUUGUCUUAGAGGAAAUGAAGUGCACAAGAGCUUUUCCCUUAGAAGUGCAUCUAGAGUUUCACACCGUCUUGAUUCAAAUGCAGCAUUUCCACAGAGCAAACCAACAGUUGCUAACACAAUGUCCAGCCAAUCACAUGACUCAUCACAGACUCUCUCCAGUGUUAAUGAAGAGUCUAUGUCACUCGCCCAGAGGAAAGGGCCCCUCCCACCUAUUCCCAUUCAUGCCAGAAUAGCCACGUUGAAGUUUAACCCCAAUGCUAGCAUACAAAACUUUGACUCCACUAUUCCCAAACCACCAUGGGUGCCACCCCCUCCAUCUUACCAGGCCCCUGCAGCCCCUCCAAGUUCAACUAUUAAAGAUCCCUACUCUGCUGGAAUGAAGCAAAAUUUUCAUUAUAAUGCUGGCAUCGAGGAUGAAUCUGGCUAUUAUGACUACCUUUAAAACCUCCAUCCUUUUCAUCAGAUGGGACUUUAUGACUGAGCAACAGCAGGAUGUGGUCAUGUUACCCCACACAAACUUCCACAUGGAAUAUGUUUCUUUAUUAACUAUAUCAUAGGAAUUUCUGCAGAACACCUAUAGACUUUUUAAAAGAAUGUUUAAUGAUGUAAUCGAACCUAAUAAAAACAUAACAGUGGCUCAAACGGUUUCUGAAAUUUACCCCCGGUUUCACAGACAAGGCUUAAACCUAGUCCCAGAUUAAAUGUGAGCUGCUUCAACUGAACGAAACUAAUUGAUCUUAAAACAUAUCAGUGCCUUUGUUUUGUCUCAAGAUGCACACCAGUAAUGUUUGUUUUCUAAGGCAUGUUAAUAAAAAUUACUUAAAAGUCCUAAUUGUACUAUGGCCUAAUCCUGGUUUAGUCUAAGCCGUGUCUGUGAAACUGGGCCAAAAUAUCAAACCAAAUAAUGAUAAACCUCUUCUCUGAACUAAUUUCACUUAUACUUAGUUUAGUAUUUUGUUCUUCCGAUGCAUUUUAUUAUGUUGGACAAGCAAGUGUCCAAAUACUUUGUCUUAAUUUUGAACAGUAUAUCUAUUGUUUUAGAAUUUAAUAACUAUAAUAAAUUCAUUUUCGUUAAAUGCUUUGCUUGAAAGUGUACUGUGUUAUGUUGUAAAUGGAUAUUCCUCCCAAAAAUGAUA